AGGAGCAGAUAAUUUGAAUUUUAUUUUUAAAUUAAUUGAAAUUGAAAUAGUAGCUGUUAAGCGAUGGCCAGUCGUGAAGGUGGCAAGAAGAAGCCCCUAAAAGCGCCCAAAAAGGAGGCAAAAGAGAUGGACGAACAGGACUUGGCCUACAAGCAGAAACAGCAGGAGCAGCAGAAGGCUCUCGAUGCAGCCAAGCAAAAGGCAGCCCAGAAGGGCGGCAAGAAGGCAGCUAAAUAGCAUAU